AUGGCGAAUGUGUUGGAGUGCGUCGUUAGCGGCACGGGAAGUCGCUGGAUGCUCGGCACGUUGAUCCUGGCCCAUCUGAUUGCGUACAACGAAGCCGGUGGACCGGGAUCGAUGAUCGGGAUGGCCCUUGCCGCCCUGUACGCCGCCUUCGCCGGCGCAUGUAAAUCCGGAGUCAAAUCGCUCCAGAUCUCGUACAUCCGGACGACGCACCGGGUCGACUUCUUCUGUCUGUUUCUCGCCAAGUGGAUGGACAUAUUGGCCCUGUUUUCCGCCUGCGCCGUCCUGGUGCGAACACUCAGCUCCUCGCUCGACGCCAUGACCGGCGGGCUGGCUCGGAUGUACAUUUUAGGACGAAACUCACCCGCCAACGAACCCUGGCCGGACGUCAUCGGCGUGGUGGUCAUCUUCAUCGUCACCGGAAUGUUCAUGCUGGGGCUGGAAAAUACCCGAAUUUUCGGCCUGCUCAUGAUGAGCGGCGUGCUGCUGGUCGGUUCGCUCGUCGUCAUCAUGACGGGACUGCGUGGCAACGUCAACCAGUUCCACUCGGAGCCGAUCCUUCCGAAAGGCGUCGUCGGGCUUCUCUCCGGUACGGCUCUGUCAACGUUCACUUACUCGAACGAUUUGCUAAACGGUAAUUACAUCAAGCGUCUCCUGGGAUUGGCCGUUAUCCUGCUGGUUUUACUAUCGAGCGAACUGGUGUGUGCGUGCCUCACGGUGCUGAUAAAGUUCAGCUCCAGCCACGACUACGAGGCCGUACCGAUCCUAUCCAUCUUGGAGCUGAAGGAUUUCCACAAGCUGAUUCCGGCCGUCGCCUGCCUGCUGGUGCUGACCUGUUCCGGCGCCCUGCUCGAGCUGUUCCCCGAGAUGUACACCCAGAUCGUGCAGCUGACCACGUCCGACUGGCGCAUUCUGGCCAAGCAGAUCGGGUACGAGAACCGGGACAGUGGCAGCCCGACGCUCACCAUCUUCACCGGAGGCAGCCUGUGCGCCAUGCUGGCCUUCGCCUGCCCGCUGGAGAACCUAACCUACAUCCUGGCGGCGAGCAACGUGCUCGCCACACUGGCGCGCUCCUUCCACUUCCUGUACCUACCCUUCCGGCCGCAUUACCUCGAGCAGUCAAACGAAUCAAGCCUCGCUUACAGUCGACUGAACACGGGCAAGUCGGCCGGAAACUCGUCGGCCGGAAAUGGGGAGCUACGUUCGGCGAGGAAAAGCUUCUGGUGCUUCAAGUCCUCCCUGGCGCAUCAGGUGCUCUCGGGCAGCCGGGUGGUGGUGUCAUCCCACGGGAACCGGGAGGAGCACGAGCGGGAAUGGCUACUGCUCGGUGAACCAUCCUCUCCGAAGGCUCCGCACAGCCCACAGCAAAGCAUCGAGUCGACCGUCCUGUCGGAUCAGAUCUCCGACAUUGAGUGUAUCGCUCUGGCGAAGCCGGAAAAUAUGGACAGCGAUGACAGCUCCACCGACAUCGACGCCAUCGUUGAUGAGUACCGGCAGAAGGUGACGGUGUCGACGGCGGGGUACAGCUCCGACGGUGAGUCCUUGCGACUGCCGACGGCUAACAGUUGGUAUUUGGCGAUCAUUUUCAUCGUCCUCAUCGUGCUCGGAAGCGUAAUAACGGCGUCCGGUUUGAUGCUUUGGGAAACGAUUAUGAUUGUUGCCGGUGUCAAUGUGGUUUUUAUUCCAGCCGUUAUAUUGCUGCUUUUCCCGAGGUACGACCAAACGAAUUCGUCCACACCAGCCUUGAUGACCUGCGUCAUAACGGUCCUCGGUUCGUUUAUACUUUUCUCCGCCUCGUUCGCCCAAUCUUGGCCAGCUUUACUUCUUUGGUUCCUCGCCGGGCUGUUUUUGUUCAUUCGCUGCGAUACCUGGUGCUGCCUCUGUCUGGAUCGACCCGGCAGCGGACAAACCACCCUCAUCACGAGCGUAUCCUCGACGAAGACCACGACCACGAUUCGCGUCCCACGCCCUCCGAAGGGAGCCAUCAUUCAGGCUCGCAUUGCCGGCCACAGCUGA